UGCAAAAUUGGGUUACUUUGGUUUUGAGUAUACUGUUUGCCAGGGCAAAGUGCUUUUUUUUUCCCUUUUAACUAAGUUAAUAAAUAUCAAACAACUGGAUACAUAAGGCGGAUGGGAGGGAUCUGUCGGAACUGAAGGAAGGUGGCACUUAAGCCAAAGGAGGCGGACACGUGAAGAGGUAGUGACGCUGCCACUGCCGGAACAGGCUGCUACGGGUUCCCCGAUGGCUGCGUCCGCGGGUUUUAAAACUUCCGUAGAUCAGGCAUGUAGAGCUGCUGAAGAAUUUGUCAAUAUCUACUAUGAGAUAAUGGAUAAAAGGAGACGGUCACUAACCAGGCUGUAUCUGGACAAGGCCGCUGUAAUAUGGAAUGGAAAUGUUGUUACAGGGCCGGAAGCCCUAACUAAUUUUUUUGAGAUGUUGCCUUCCAGUGAGUUCCAGGUCAACAUGUUAGAUUGCCAACCAGUUCAUGAGCAAGCUACACAGUCCCAGACUACAGUUCUUGUCGUGACCAGUGGAACUGUGAAGUUUGAGGGAAACAGAAGACACUACUUCAACCAGAGCUUCCUGCUGACUGCUCAGUCCACUCCUCAACACACCGUAUGGAAGAUUGCGAGUGAUUGCUUCCGUUUUCAAGAUUGGGCUACUAGUUAAGGAGGGAAAGUCCAUUCAUUCUCCUUUGGUCCAUUAGUUCCAGAAACAGAAAUUUAUGUGAAGUUAAUUCAUUUCAUAGAAGUUUGUAGAAGCACUAUAAACCAGUAUGUGCUGAGACAAAAUUUCUUUAAUAGUUUUUUAUUCCUAGCAGCACCUUUUCUAGCAGCUGCCAGUGUGAAUCGUUGCCCUUAAGAGCUUUAAUGCUAGUUUUUUACAUGCCUUAUAUACAUUCCACUAAUGACGUUCUUAUAGUAAUAUCAAACACAUGCUCUUGGUACUUAACAUGCUCACUGUGAAGCCAGCUUAUCGUAAAAAUAAAAUCCUUUUAUAAUACUAUCUAUGGGAUAUCAGCACAACAUAACUCUGGGAGGAAGUGGAGUGGUUUUUUUUUGUUGUUGUUGUUGUUAAGUUAAUUUUGUAGUUUUUUAAAGCACAUGGCCUGUUUUCAGUUAGCAUUGGUAAUGCAGUUUUAAUUUAUGGCUUUUUCAAGUCAGUUCAAUGAAAACACUGCAAAUUUAGGUUUGCGUAACUACUCUGACAUAUUGGAAUUACAUGUAGAGAUGUUCAGUAGUCUUGUUCAAUUUUUUAUGUUGGCAUGUUUUCUUAUGAAGUGAAUUACAUCAACUAGAGAGGUAUAAAACGUUCUCAGUUGAUACCUAUGUAUCGGGUACGUUUGGUGGCUUAAAAGUAAGUCUUAAGAGAUUUUUCUUGGCAGCUCUAGGUCUGUAAAUUUAGGUAAUGUAUGGUAGUAGAACGAAUAGCUUUAGUGGGAGAAUGGGGAAUGAGAAAUACACAAAUCCAAGGUUGAAGCCAAAAGUAAGAGGGGUGGCCAAAUGGUAAAUUUUUGGUACUUAUUUUCUACCUCCUAAAAAUGUAACUUAUUUUUAGGAUUUAACUCACUGAGUUAAUAGGUAUCCUUGCCAAAUUGUCAUGCAUGUCACUUUUGUUCUAAGAAUUACUUUUUAAGGUCUUUCCACUUCACCUCCUACUUACCACCAAUAUAUGUCUCAACUGAUUCAAGAACUUGUGGGGGUAAAAUGUCAGCAAUAAGCCUAACCUUGUAACAGGGUCUAACACAAAAGUUGGAAACAAAGCCAUUGCUAUCUCUUUGGGACACCCUUCAAUUUUAAGUCUUCCAUGUGAACUUUAGGCCCAAAGUUUCCCAUGUAUUACCCACCCCCCAAAUAAGUGGUAUUUUCCCCCUGUGUUUUGUACUGUCAACUGCAUUGUCUUUCCCUUCAUUAUUUAGGUUAAUUAUUUAAUUUUAGGAUUUGUUCUUUUCCAUUUUAAUGUUCUUAAGCUAGAUAUGCCAGCUUUAUUUCUACAUUGCAACCAAAAAUUAAUGUUUCUUACUACUUAAUUUAAAAAACAGUAAUUCAUUUGCUCUUGCCCAAAACUAGACACUAUAUUUCUGAUACACUAACAAAAUAGAAUUAAAAUCAGAGAAAGGGGUGGUACUGAAAUUUAGACUACACCCUCUUGUAGCACUGAUCAAAACUUAACACAUUAUAUUCGACCCAAAGUGAGCUUAUUCUUUAUUUUGGAUUGGUUUUCUAAAACCACAGCUUUAACGGCAACAGUCAGAAUGCCCAAACACUGCCCUUUCCCUUAAGGAGAACAAUCUCAAGUAAAAGCUGCGUAUAACUAGCAAUAACGGAAUUGAAUGGUUGUGCAUUGUUCAUGAUUGUUGUAUGUUUUAAGACUUGUCUACAGAUUGCUAUUUUCCAAACUCUGUAUAACUUUUAAACGGCUGGAACUACUCUUAUGUGGACUAGACAGUAUUUUUGACAUGCUCAUAUUUUUAUAACUUGAAAAAAUAAAAUUUGCCUUGGACAAGUUUUCUCAA